UAGCGUUUAAUAAGGGAACCGGGUUUGGUUCGAGUGAAGUGCGCGUAAGAGACGUGGAUUUCAAGGAAGGAGGGAUGAGAGAGAGUGGGCGGAUGUCUCGCCUUUUAGUGUGGCAGUGCUGUGACAUAUCUGCUUCGACUACACUUGAAAGUUUGCACUGCUGGGAGUUUUAGGACUGUCACAGCUGUCUUGAUGCAUGCUUCUUAAUAUUUCUAUGAAAAGAAAUCCUAAACUGCAGCUCGUUGUUUUGUGUGUGUGUGUGUGUGUGCGUGAUGUAGGUGUCCUAUGCCAGACCAAGCUCAGCUUCUAUACGUGAUGCCAACCUGUACGUGAGCGGGCUGCCCAAAACCAUGAGUCAGAAAGACAUGGAGCAGUUGUUUUCCCAGUAUGGAAGGAUCAUCACUUCACGCAUCCUGGUAGACCAGGUCACAGCAGGUAUAUCGCGCGGAGUAGGCUUCAUUCGGUUCGACAAAAGAAAUGAGGCCGAGGAAGCCAUCAAAGGCCUGAAUGGUCAAAAGCCGCUGGGCGCCGCCGAGCCCAUCACCGUGAAGUUCGCCAACAACCCCAGUCAGAAGACGGGACAGGCCUUGCUUACCCAGCUUUACCAGACAGCUGCUCGCCGCUUCACAGGCCCUCUGCACCACCAGACUCAGCGCUUCAGACUCGACAAUUUACUAAACGCCAGCUACGGAGUCAAGAGCUCUCCUUCUUUCCUCCCCAGAUUCUCCCCCAUAACCAUUGACAGCAUGACCAGUCUAGCCGGCGUCAACUUGACCGGACCCACCGGAGCCGGCUGGUGCAUCUUCGUCUACAACCUGUCCCCAGAAGCCGACGAAAGCGUCCUGUGGCAGCUCUUCGGGCCAUUCGGCGCCGUCACAAACGUCAAGGUCAUCCGUGACUUCACCACCAACAAAUGUAAGGGCUUUGGCUUUGUCACCAUGACCAACUACGACGAGGCAGCCAUGGCUAUCGCCAGCCUCAACGGCUACCGCCUGGGCGACCGCGUGCUGCAGGUCUCCUUCAAGACCAGCAAGCAGCACAAGGCUUGAAGGAAGGCCUAGUCACUACUGCUCUUUAACAUGCAGGGGGAGCUACUGAGCUCCCUGUACAUUCACUCUACAUGGGCCUGGACUGAGUCUCUCUCUAACACACAUUCGACACACACACAUACACACACACACACACACACGUUUAGUUGUUUUGAGCAAAAAUACACGAGUAGAGUCAUUUUUCUUUUCUCUUUACACAACAUGCUAGUCCUUCCUAACAUUUGCCUGCAUUGAAUUAGCAGAGUUGUGAGGCGGGGCUGAGGAAAUCCAUGAGGAGGGACAGUCUAAUGAAUGUGACAGAGAAUGUCUGCAGAGAUUUAAUUUAAUUCAGGCAAAGAAAGAGAACUGGUCAAUGAAAGGAAAAAAGUAAAUCAAAUAUGUGCAAUUUACCCAAAAUCUUGCCCUGGUAACUCUCCUGUCUGGCUUCAGAGGAUGUAGUCACUUUUUUACACUUGGGCAUUUUGAAUCAGUGAUUUUUUUAAAAAGAAAAAUUAUUAAAACAGUGUUCUCGUAUAUAUAUAUAUAUUAUGAUAUAACUAUAUAUUCAACAUUUAAGGUGGUUAUAAUAGCCAAAUAUGUAAGCAUUUUAUAGAACUUUGAUUACGGUUUCCUGGCUCUACAUUUGGUUGCAACCUUGCCUUAUGGCACCACACACACCUUACUUGAGGUCCAACCCAACAGCCACUGAACAAACUGUGGAUGGUAGUCACAAAUCGAGAGGUCACUCGGGGGCCAUCACAAUCACUUCAGCACACUGAAAGACAACAUUCAUCACAGAGACACUCGCACAUAAAUGCACAUGCACAUACGCACCUCCACCGGAGGGCAUAGCAAAACAUCACAAAACAUGGCAACCUAGAAUCUCCUCAUAUCUUUCCACUCUGAGUUUUAUAUAGUUAGAAUUUAGAAUCAAUUCCACCACAUGCAGUUGUCUGUGUAACUAGGGGCAUUUCGACAGUGUUCCCAUGGCGAUGGCAUUUGGAAUUCUUUUGAAAGUCUUUCAAACCAAUUACGAAGGCCGACUGCAAAAUCCAGAACCAUAUUAGAUCAUUUUAAAGAGGUUUGAAUGGCUCGGGAAUAGGAAAGACUGUGUGUCAGCUCUUUGAGCUGCCCAUUUUAUAGUGAAUGAGCUGUUAUGAAGGUCAGGGGCCACUGGGAUUGGUCAUCCUUGGUCUUCAUAACUUCUUAGAUACAUUUAGCUCCAUUCACUAAGCAGAAUUGCAUUAUAAUUCGUUUUCCCAAACAGGUUUUAGCAGCCCUUACAUAUCUAAACAGCUACAUAUCAAGCAAAAGCAAAAAAAACUAAAACAAAUUUUGUGUACUCAUGGCCCUUUAAAGCAAGUCGCAGCCAUGAGCUACACAAAAAUUCAUCUUUUUUUUUUUUUUUAUAAAUACUCAUCUCAUAAAUUAAAAAUUCCCUAGAUACAUUAAAGACAAUGCCCAAGCUGUCCACAGCCCUGUGAUAAAACAAACGAAAACUGUUCCAUGGGGAGAGACAUUGCUGUAAAAUCGCAAAACUUCACAUUAUAUGAAGAAAAGAACUGAAAGUUGUAAAUGUGUGUUCAAAUCAAGUGACAUUUUGCUUUUCUAAAUAACGCUGUGUUAGCCAAAGAGGAUAAUGAUCUCUUUGAAAGGAUUACAUUAGAGAUUAAUAUAUUUUUAUAUAUACGGGGAAAAAAACAAGACCUUGUGCAACAUUUUUACAGAUUCUUAAAUCGUGGAAAUCUUUGGACACACCGCAUGGCUUUUAUUUUCAGAGUUUUCAACUUUGGGGAGAGAGGGCCAGUCUGCGGUGUAAGGGAGGGGAUCGGAGGGUUGGGGACUAAGACUUACAUGCAGUGAAACCAUUUCAUUUUCAAAAAUACAACAAAACAAAAAAAGAGAAACAUGUGAAACAUUUAAAAAAAGAAUCAGCAGAUAGGUACAUGUAUGCAUUACGCAGGAAAAACGACGUUACCGUUUCUCUAAAGUGAUGAAAAAAAUCAAGUGUUGCUUCAAUGGCGGUGCAGUGAAGCUCGAAAAGGCAUCACAUCAAACACCCAGAGCAUCUCAUCUUGUAUUGGCAAAAACAAAAAAGAAAAAUCACCUUAACGCUUCAGCAUGUUCAGUGCACCAAAAAAAGUUGCAAACUGACAUAAUAUAACGUAGCUGCACUUAUCAAUGUAAUCAAUUCUCACACAAUAAUCCAUAACAAAUUAUAUUCGCCAGUAUGUCAACACAACAAGCAAAUGUCUAUCAUUGUACGGUCUAGAUUUUUUUCGGUUUUGUUUAAUUUCCGCUCCACAUAUCUUCUGUAUUCCACCAUCAUAUCGUUGACACCUAAUUUUGCUCCUUUGCACAAGCACUAACCAACCAAGGGAUCUUAGCUUUGUCACUGAUGAAGGGAAAAAAGUGUGCACACACAUAUACACUUACACUUACACACAACACAUAUCAAAGUGUCUCUAAGCCUUCAACAGCAUUCCCAUUGUAUCAAAACUGUGAUACACCUUGAACUAACCCCUCUCAGUUUACGCCACAUUAACAUCGCAACACAUUUUUCUUUCGCUAACGCAACUUAUCCUGGAACUCAUCGGUGGUGUGCCCUAGAGGGGACAAACAUCCUAGACGUAAAGAUUGGUCCACUCUCUAAAAUGAGCGAUGGGGUAGAUACAGUGACCAGGGCAACCCUGUAGUGCACCUGGUGACCAUAGGGAGGUUUUAGCAUCAUCCCUCUGAGUGUCCCAACGAACUCUUUAGCUACACCACUCCCCCAUCCCCUCAGAGAGCCAAUGACAAUGGCAGGAAACAAACAUAGGCUACUGCACCGCUUGAGCAACUACAAUAAUAAUCAUUAAAAAAAAAGACAAAAAAAACAAAACAACUUUCCUAUGGAACAGUAAGUGCAAUGUGCUUCGUUUUUAUAUUGACUGAGAA